AUGCAACGCUAUUUUCUACUUGCACUAUUAACUACUUCUGUCGGUGCGGUCCGUUUUUUGGAAGGUUGGAAGAGUUUACUUCGAUUUGCCAAUUCAAUUUGUGGAAACUCAUUAUUGUUUUUAUCGUUUCCUCUUUCGAAGCUUCUCUUAGUUUUCUAAAAAUUCAGGUAUUUCAAAUUUUCAAAUUUUAUAUUUUUCAUGAAUAAUUUUUACUCAAAUAUUCAUAAUACUUUAUCAGCUAAAGUGAGUUUUUUUAUUCAGGGUUUUGUCAAGAUUACUCUUGUGUCAAUGGGAAAUGUCAUCCUGGACCGUCUACGAAUACAUCGCAUCCAACUUUUUGGUGCGAGUGAGUUCUUCUUUUUCAAGUCCACUUUGACGUCAGUUCAUCUUAGAUGUAGCAAAGAAACCUACGGGGAAAGGUGCGAGGAAGUUUGCGACAAAAACUGCGCCGCUGGACAAAAAUGUGUUUUCGAUGCUUUCGGCCAUCAGCUUUGCUGUCCUGGUCAGUUAAAGUUCAUCAAAUUUCAUCUUUAGAACUUUGUUUAACUCGAUAUUUUUGAAUAUAGGCUGCCCAGACGAAAAUUCACCCGCUAUACCAGGAUGUCCGAAUGAGUUCCGAGGUGAUCAAGACUAUGAUUUUAUUUAGUUAGAUAUUUUGAUGAUUUCAAGAGGUUUCUUGUGAAAAAGCGACGUCAUGUCUUCCGAAGCAGUGUUUCAACGGCGGGAUUUGUCAGCGCGGCUGGAAAUCUUCCGGUUGCUUUUGUCCGGGCGGAUUUUCUGGCGACCAGUGCCAAUUUGACGUCAACGAAUGUCUCUACAUGAACUGUAACAACGGCACUUGCUUGAACAAGGUGAUCUUUCAGAUUUUUGAGCCAAAAUGUUUUUGCGCUCGAUGAUCCUUAGAAUAAGGCACUUUCAUAUCUGAAUUUCGAUAGCUUUCAAAUAAAAUUGAAAAUCUUUUUGUCUCGUGCGUCUAAUCUUUUCUCACAGAAAGCUUAACUGAUAUCCUCUAUGUUUCCAGAUUUAAAAGCUCAACUGUUUCGUAUAAUCUCCGUUAUCUCCUAUAUAUCCUGCUUCAGAAGCUCAAUUUAUUUUUUCUUUAUGCAAUUUUUCUCCUUGAUGGACUUGCUGUAAAGCAGUAUCGUUAGAAUUUUCGGAAGCACGGCUCAAAAGAAAUGCGCUUUCAAUCUUUUUUUGAACUUUUUUUUUAUUUUUCUCUACUGCGAGUUUACAGCUUUUCUUUCUGAAUGGAAAAAUACAGAUUGGUUUCCUACUUUUAACAGCUCAGUUUUCUUUUUCUUGCGAUUAUCUUUUUGAACUUGCAGUUCGGAUCUUACGAGUGCAUGUGCAACGACGGUUUCACUGGACCCCACUGUAUUCAGCGCGGCGAAGUUUUGAAGAAGGCAUCUCCUUUGAAGGCGUUUCAUAAUAUCGCUUGUGUCAAAAAAGACGGAAAUCGAACAAGGUUGCCCUGUCAGAAUGGAGGGUACUGUAGGCGGCGAAACAAAGUUUCGUCUUGCGUCUGUCCUCCGGGAUUCCAAGGUUUUUUCAACGCUGUUUUGUCCCCAGGGUUGUGCGAGGGUAGUCAGCUUGGAUCCUUUGGUCAUUUUCUGAGUCCUCAAGAAAAAUUUCUUCAAGUCUAAGAUCAGACUUUUCUACGACAAUAAUCCGCUUUUUGAUUCUUUUUAACUCAAAAUUCCACCGAAACUAUGUUCUAACAAGUUAAAGAGUUUUCUGGUGAAAAUUUGAGUUAGGAUGAAGAAUUUUGAUGGAAAAUUUAAUUCGAAGCCUGACCUAAGCUUGCUUCUUCGUCAAAAAUGAGGCCAGUUUUGCCCAGCCUUACGCAAAAACCUGGUUGUCUCGAAACUCUUUGUAUCUCAAAAAUUGAAGUGAAAUAUUUCCUGAAUUCGAUAGGAGACAUCUGCGAGAAAGACGUCGACGAAUGCCUGGACUCGCCGUGCUCGCCCUUCUCCACUUGCCACAACACUUUCGGCUCCUUCAACUGUGAAUGCCUCCCUGGGUUUCGUGGUAUGGAUUCUCCGGAAAAAGUUUAUUCUUUGAGCCCUAUCAAAAGUAAAAAAUGGCAAGCACAACCUGUUUUUAAGGUGAAGCAGUGUUGUUUGGAUUUUUUAGUUAUUUUCCAUUGUUUUAAGCUUUUUCUUCCAAUUUAACAUUGAAGAACUCGCAUUAAAAUAAUUCAUUUUUCUCAGAUUUUUUUUUCAAUUUGUGAGAAUAUUUUCUUUAUUCAAACUGUAUUUCAAAAAUUUCAUAUUUUACAAACUUUAUUGAAACAGUUUUUUUUUUCGCUUCGAACUUAUCCAUGUUUGAAAGGCCGAAAACUUCGAACAGUUUUGAAAAAAAUAUUUUUUUCAUUCUAAAUAAAAAGUAUUCGUAGCAUUUACUGGGUUGCCCAACUCGAUUAAUUAGAUAGUUUCGAACAUUUUUUUGAAGAGAUAAAAAAACUCGAUUCUCCCAAAAAAAUUCCAAAAUUUUACUCUAAUGUGCCAAAAAAACAAUUAUGAAAGUCUUAAUCAUUUUUUUGAAUUUUUUUCUUUCUGAGACAGCUAUUUUUCAAAACAAUUCUUUAAAAAGAAACAGACUAUACAAAAUCAAAUAACCUACACUGGUUAGUAGAGUUCACCAAACCGAUCGUUCGACCAAACGUUCAACCAAUAUUUUCAUGACAUGUUACCAAAAAUAUGAUUGAUUAACAUUUCUUGCUACCGAACGAUUAACAUGUCUCAUGAUUAUGAUCUCUCGUUUUUUCGACAUGUCAACAUUUCAUUUAAAUGAGAGAUCAUUUCGAAUCGAUCGUUCAGUUUUCGAUUGAUCGAAAUGUUGUAUUGAAAAUAUUGGUCGAAAAAAUGAUUGAUCGAAAUGUUGUCUUGAAAAUAUUGGUCGAAAUAAUGAUUGAUCGAAAUGUUGUUUUGAAAUUAUUGGUCGAAAAAAUGAUCGAUCAAAAUUUUAUGCCUAAAAUAUUGGUCGAAAAAAUGAUAGAUCAAAGUUUUGUAUUGAAAAUUUUGUCAAAAAAAUGAUUGAUCGAAAUUUUUUAUUGGAAAUUUGGUCGAAAAAAUGAUUGAUCGAAAUGAAUUUUUGUUAAAAAGUAUGUUUAAAACUACUGUUUAAAAACCGCUUCUCUUUCAAAUCUUCAUCAUAAUUUCUUUUUUGAUUUUUCGUAACGAAAUAUCAUCAUCGUUUUUCUGUUUCUCCGUGUUCACUGGUACUAAAAGCAAAAAUUUCUACAAUGCUAUAUAGACUAUAACAAAUAAGUUCAAGAAAAAUGCAAAACUUUAAUUUGUCGGAAAAAAAUUAAAUAUUUUCACCUUUUCACUAGUACUCCGAAAACUUUCCCCGUGUGAGCGAUCUGUUUUGAAAAUCGAUCGCUCGGAAUUUCGAUCGAUCAAAAUUUUAUGCUCAAAAUAUUGGUCGAAAAAAUGAUUGAUCGAAAUGUUGUAUUGAAAAUAUUGGUCGAAAAAAUGAUUGAUCGAAAGGUUGUAUUGAAAAUAUUGGUCAAAAAAAUGAUUGAUCGAAAUGUUGUAUUGAAAAUAUUGGUCGAAAAAUGAUCGAUCGAAGUGUUGUAUUGAAUAUAUUGGCCGAAAUGUCGAUAUAUCAAAACGUUAAAAUCCAAUGAUUGAUCAUUAAUGUAAGAGAUCAAAAACUGAUCUAAUAAACGAUCUCUCAAAAAAUGACAUGUUAAAAUUUGGUUGAACAGUGACAUGUCAAUAGUUUGAUCAAUUGAAAUGGUUGAAUGAUCGGUUUGGUGAACUCUACUGGUUAGGACUGUAGCAAUCCAUCUCGCCAUGGUUUUAAGGCAAAUUUUGCGAGACGAAUAUCGACGAAUGUCCCGGGAAUAAGUGUACCAACGGAGCAACUUGCUUGGACGGCAUCAACGGCUACUCGUGCCAGUGCUUGAACGGAACAUCCGGAAAAUACUGCGAGCUGGACGCUUGCAGCGGAAAUCCCUGCGUGAACGGAGGACGUUGCGAAGUGACGUCGGAUCACGGCUACACUUGCUCCUGCGAAAAGGGUUUCAAGGUAAUCUGUCCCGUCUCAAAUUGUCGUUAAAUGAACAAAAUUCACUUCAAGAGAUUGUAUCGAGUCGAGUAGAUCCUUUUGGGCCGUUACUUUGAAAAAAAGCUAAUUUAACUCGAAUCACGCAGUUUUUAUUUUAACCUUUUUUCCAGUUUCAUACGGCUGAUAAUUGAGAAACUGAACUCAUAUGAAUUAUUAAUAGAUUGAUAUUUCUUAGGAUACUAUUUGACAAACUUUUAGACGGGAUAUUGUGUCAAAAAUAAAUGCCGUUUUCGAUAAAACGGGCUUUGAUGGCCUAUUUUUUGAUUCUCCAUCUUCUCAGAUUUUUCAAAAGUUUUGUAACAGUCCUAUUUUGAAAAUAUUACUUUAUGAACGGCUUAUUCCCUUGAUUAUCGUUUAAUAUUUUACAAAAUGCUUGGUUUGAGAAAUUUCUCGUUGAAGCUCAAAUAUUAGAAGGUUGUUUUUCAAAAAAAUAUUACUAGAAAAUUUUUCAUGUCAAAAUGAAGGCGUAAAACGAUUUGCUAUUGGAAUGUUGGAAUUUUCACAUAGAUUUUUUCUUUUUUUUAGGCCCUGAAAAAGAUUCUAUCCAAGUUUCAUCAAAAGUUCAACCGGGGAAUGAAAAACGUUCCAUAGUAAUCAUUUGAAAUCCAGGGAGUCCACUGCGAAAUCGACAUAAACGAAUGCGAGGAAGACGGGAUCGAAUGCUAUCGCGGCGGGACCUGCGUGGACUUGCCAGGCGGCUGGCGCUGCGACUGUCCGGAAGGCGUGACCGGCCUGCGCUGCGACAUCGACGGCGACCCCUGCCGCGAAAACAACGUCGUCUGUCUGCACGACGGCACUUGCCACAACGGCGACGGCAUCAGUCGCGAUCCUAUAUGCGUCUGCAAACAAGGCAGUCUUGUCGAAGUCUCCGAUCGUUCAAUGGAACUUCAGGCUUCAUCGGCCCCCGAUGUAACAUCGCCUGUGAAAAAGGCCUUGGAGGCGACGCCUGUGAGCUGCCGUUGCACACGGCUUUCUGUGGACAAGGCAAAGGCGAGAGAAGCUGUCAGAACGGCGGCAAAUGCGUCGACGGCUUCUGCGAGUGUCCUAUAGUGACUACCUUUUUGUUGUUAGAAAAAUAGUUUACCAGAUUUUAUGUCGUUGGGAACAAAGGUGUCUUUUCACUUUCUUUUUCAGAUUGGAAAUAGUGUCCUCUGUCUCUCUUAUGCUUGAAACGAAGGAAACCUUCAUUUUAUCAAAAAACGGGUUUCGAAAAUAUUCGGAGAUCAAAAUAAUUUGUAUACGAAUGUCUUAGUUCUUACGAAAAGACGCGAAAAAAAACCCUGAAAUAAGAAUGAAUUUCUCUUAAAAAUUCGAAAUUUUCCUAUAGCCAAGAAAGACAAGCUCCAAGAGGUUUUGAGAAUCAGAAAAAUUUCUUGUGGACCUUUUGAAUUUGAUUCCAUUAAAAGGAAGUUUCCAGACGCACGUCGGCAACCUCUGCGAGUUGCACCGUCGGGAGCUCCGCGGACGUUUCGACAUAACUUGCCUCGAUGAGCCGUGCCUCAACAAUGGAACUUGCAUCGAUUUCAAACAUAAUGCCCUAAAUUUCGCUUGUUCCUGUCCCGAAGGCUUCACUGGUCACGUUUGUGGCGACUUGAUCGGUUCUCUCCACCGGAAAAAGUUGAUCGAAACCCCUUUUUUAGUGGAGAAGGACCCUUGCCGCCGGAAUCCCUGCCAGAACGAGGCCAACUGCAUGAACAGCCAUUUCGGCGCGAUUUGCGCUUGCAAACCCGGCUAUACGGGCAAACGGUGUGAAUUGAGAGAAUCUUUCAAUUGCACCGUCAAGUGAGCUUCUGUAGUGAUCCUCCAACCGUCUGUCUCCUAUUUUCAGUCCUUGUUUGAACUCCGGAAAAUGUUUGGAAGACGGAGACGGCUUCAAUCGGUGCGUGUGUCCGGAGGACUUUGAAGGAGUUUUCUGCGAAAUCGAUAAACGGAGAAGCUUCAACAGGUUAGCCAUGAUUUAGACUCCGCUCAGAAAAAUCGAGAUUUUUGAACAUAAUACAAUCGAAGACGCUUGGAAAACAGGUGGUAAAUAAAUUUAUCACCUUUUUUCUCUAAAAUUGGGGCUCCUUUUCCAAUUAAUGAUUUCAAAUUAGAUAAUUUUGAUUUUAGAAGAGGUAUUUUAGUGAUGAGUGAUAAGACAACAGGUAAAUUAAUUUUAUUUCUCAUUGUAACUUUUUAUGAAAUUUUUAUUUAUGGUUUUUUUUAAAUCUUCAACACGAAAAUGUAAUAGAGAGUUUUUAGAGUUUCAAGUAAAAAAAUGUAUUUUGAACACCAAAAAGGGAGUUUACAGCCAUUUAGUUUGGCACAGUAUGUUCAGAAAACAGUGAUAACAAGAAAAAAAGUCAAGUGAUAUUCACGCAACGCUUCGGAUUUGAGAAACGACAGUGAAUUGUGCAAGAACAACGGCUGCGGGAAGAGGUCGAGCGACGGCGUCUGCGACUUGGAGUGCAACUCGGCCGCCUGCUUCUUCGACCACGGCGACUGCAGCGCUCGCAGAGAUCCCUACGAACUCUGUCCCGAUCGCGACUUUUGCUCCAAGGCGUUCGAUAAUGGGAUUUGUGAUGAAGUGAGGGUUUAUCGGAGAUGAACGGCAAUGAUUUCAUGAAAGUCAAUUUUGAAAAAAUCUGGAUGAAGGUAUAAAUUUUAAAGCGCAGUUUGUAGUCUUAAAAAACAACGACUUCGCCGUUUCAUGGUCAAAAUUUUUUCUUCUACUAGUUUGAAACUGUUUUGAAUAUUUCAUAAGCGAUCGGAUUAUUUUUCGAGUAAUAAAAUCAUUACGAAUCAAAUGACAGAAGCUAGAGGCUUUGAAACGACUAAUGCUAUUUUUUUUUUAAAUUCAACAGACGGCUAAUUUCAAUCUGCAGUUUCUUCAGCAGUCAAAGUCUAACGACAUCAAUUUUCAUAUGUAUCAGAAAAACAGGAAAUUUCAAUUUUUUAAUCAUUCGAUUUUGAAGGCAGAUUUUUUUUUACAGGGCCUCUGUAAAAUAUAAAAUUGAUAAAAAGUAGUCCAAAAUCCUUGUCAAGGAAAUUCAAGUUUUUUUCUUAUAAUGAUUCAGAACUGUUUUUAUUAUACAUUGUUAAGCGGUGCAACAACGAGGAUUGUCUGUACGACGGAAAUGACUGCUCACCGAAAGUCAACCGCUGUCCUCCCGUUGUCGAGUUAUAUUGCGCCGAAAGGUAUGCCGACGGCCGUUGUGACUCCGAAUGCAACUUGGACGAAUGCGGCUUCGACGGUGGAGACUGCGAUGAACCAAGUCCAAAAGAAAAGGUUUGCCAUCGUAAAACAGAAAAAGAAGCAAAUUACGUGGUUGAGAAACUGCAAGGAGUUCGAGUCGACUUCUUGGUCGAGCCGCAGAACUUCCGUCGAAACUCGAGCGUUUUUCUGAUGCGGAUGAGUUCGGCCCUCCGAUUCCCGGUGGCAAUCCAAAAAGAUAAAGAAGGACCGCUUCUCUUCGAAUGGUCUGCGAAAAAUGGGACGACAACCCUUGGGGAAAGGAUCGCUUCGGAAGUUUUUGUUUCGGUUCAAAGAAAAAUAGAGAAAGGAUCAACUUCCAGGAAAAAUCUCCGGAAAGCAACAGACGUGAGAAAAGACGGGCCGUUGCGCAGCAGAAGAACGGCGUCGCUGCAUGGCUCGAGGUCGACGUCGGUCGCGCGAUUUCUGAAUCGCCCAGUGGAUGCGUCAAAAAAGACCGUUCCUCUUGUCCUUUCAACGACGCCCGCAGUGUCGCCAACUUCGUUUCUGCCAACGUCGCCAACAAGGUUUUCCACUGAACUGACCACUUUUAUUUGCAAUCGCUUUUGAUCCAAUUAUUGAACUGUGGACUUACGUGAUUCGAUAGCUCGUACAUCAUGAAUCUAACCACUUACAUUUGAAUUUUUUCGUUUAGUUUUUAUAAUCAAAAAUUUUCUUCUACUUUCCUCAACUUUUAACAAACUAACUGCACGUCCGGAAACUCCUUCGCUUUUUUUUUGAGCUCUUGUUUUCAAUUUUGCGGUACGGUUGGAUAACGCAAGAAGUUCUCACAGUUAUAAGACGUAUCGUUUUCCAAUUUAUUUUUCGAUUCGAUAGGCAAACUUUUGGAAACAAUUCACACAACACUUUAUGCCGGGCGCGAUUAUAAUUGUCUUUUUGCGCAAAAAGAGAAUUCGGCGAAAAUUUAGGGAGGCGUGGAAGCGUUCGGGAUGCCUGUAUAUGAGGUUAUGGUGGCGCCGAGAGAGCCUUCGAACGUGUUCGCGUCUUCGUGGCUCUUCUUCGUCCUGCUCGCCGCGCUGGCCGUCGGACUCGCUGGCGUCGUCGUCAGCGGCGCCUCCAGAACCUGGAUCCGCAGGGACCGCAAGCGUCAUCUCAUCUCAGCGCCGGUUUGGGUGCCGCCUCUCGAAGAACAUGGUAACUUCCAAAAAGAAGCAGCGUGACAGUUCAGGAAUCUAGGAAUCAUUAUUUAGCUAUCCAAGUUUGAAAUCCUUGUAAGCCGGACCAGAAAUGAGCGGAAUAAGGAAGUAAAAACGUUUUUGUUAGUUUCGCCGAUAAUAUAAAGCAAGCAAGAAGCUCAUGCCAAACGUCCUUCCCAUCAAAAAGGAGUCCACAAAAGAUAUACCAAGCUUUUUUUUGAAUUUUCUUUCUUCUGCUAACUAGGGAACGUUUUUUACCCCCCGGUUGAACUUUUGACGAAACUUCGCAGAGAUGUACUUUGAGGUCUCCUGAAUCCAGAACAAGAAAAAAUUUCUCGCAAUAGACCUUGUUUUCGAGAUAUGCAGCCUCGAAGUUUGCACGCGAAAUCUGCGGAAGCAUGGAAGAGGGAAUAUGUUGCGCGCAGUGUCGGUGGAAUGCCAGUUGAUUCGUGGCAGAGUGGUAUGAGGGCGCGCGCUAUGUGCGAGCUGUGGUGGGUUCGAUCCCAUUUCGCUGCCAAAUUUUUGCAAAAAUUUCUUUUUGCCAAAUGUUAUUUAAAAAGAAGGAUGAUGCAAUUUUUUUCAAACUCUUCGCAACAGUAUUCCUUUAUUCAUUUGAAUUUUUUCAGAAAGAUUUUUUUCUGUUUCUCUUCUGCCUAAUAAUUCUCAUAUUUCUAUAUUAUUUAUAUUCAAAAGGGGGUAAUGGAGGAAUUCUCCGAAGCGCCCACACCUUCAGAAGAAAGAAGCGUCUUUUGCCAACGCAAAUCUGUCAUAAGUGCUGAAAUUUUGUUUGAUUUGAAUGCAUUGGUUGUGUUUUGCAUAUUGUUAUACUUUACUCGAGUUGAUAUUCAAUCAUCAUUUCAAAACUGUUGAGAAUGGAAAUUUUUUUUAUUCCACAAAAUUGAUUUAUUUCAAUUCGUUCCAUCCAGGAAAAUGGCAGCAAAAGAGUUUUGCAAAAUUUGGCAGCGAAAUGGGAUCGAACCCACCACAGCUCGCACAUAGCGCGCGCCCUCAUACCACUCUGCCACGAAUCAACUGGCAUUCCACCGACACUGCGCGCAACAUAUUCCCUCUUCCAUGCUUCCGCAGAUUUCGCGUGCAAACUUCGAGGCUGCAUAUCUCGAAAACAAGGUCUAUUGCGAGAAAUUUUUUCUUGUUCUGGAUUCAGGAGACCUCAAAGUACAUCUCUGCGAAGUUUCGUCAAAAGUUCAACCGGGGGGUAAAAAACGUUCCCUAGUAAGUAGAGUUUUAAAACGAUGAGCUACCUGUUGAAAAAAUCCUAUCACUCAUAAAAAUGAUAUGGCCUAAUUUUUACUAGGUUUUGUGGAUUAUGCGUAAUGGAAGUCUAUCUUCGGGCUAUUGUUGGAAGCUACGUACUUUGAGCUAGUUUUAUCACAAAAUAGUUCGGUUAUCAAAGAAAUUUCAGCUCCAGAAGGCCCAAGAUCUUCGAAGCGAGCAAAAGGGAAGUCACAGUCGAACGGUAGUAAAAAUAAGGAGGCGGCUUCUUUGAUAACGAAGGAGAAGAAACCAAAAGAGAGCAACCGACAAAGUAGCUCCGAAAAUAUCGAGUAACGAAAUUGCAUAAAUUCAAUACCGCAAGGUUUUUUUCAGUCUGCCGAUGAAAACUCCGAAAAGUCCACCGAAAAUUUUGGUAGAAGCUGAAGGAAGCGGUCCGAUAACUGUUGAGGUUGGUUGAUCCGAGAAAAAAAAAAUGAGAAUUUUUUUGCCUUCCGAAGAUUUUGAGGAUAGUCAUCCUAAUUUUAUUGAUUAUUCCAUUAUUUCAAGCCAAUGAAAUUGUCAAUCGCCUCCAAAUUUUGGAAAGGUCAAAUGAGCAACCUGCGGGCGCUACAAGGAAAUCAUAGUCCCAAAGAAUUCCAGUUUUUCUCCUGAGCCUUUAAGCUUCUCACAAAAUAACUCAUAUAAAAAAAUUCAGAAAUUUCCUCUCAAUUUUCCUAAGAACGUUUUCUUGAAGAUGACAAAAGAAAAUGUGAACGAAGCGGACGAGCGCUGGAAAGCCUGUGUUUUGCAUUGGCUGGCCGGAAACGUGAAAGGCAAGCCGGAAGAGAGGAUCGUGAAGGAAGCCGAAGAGGCGAUCCGCGCCGGCGCCAACCUCAACGCGCAGGAUUCCGGUGCGGUCCGUCUGCUGGACAACAUCACUGUUUUGUUCAGCCGGCAACACUCCGCUGCUCGUCGCGGUCCGCGCGCGCCGUCUUCGUCUCGUCGUCGUGCUUCUGAAGGCCGGCGCCAACCCCAGGAUCUUCAACGACAGCGAACGUGGCGUUCUCCACGAGGCCGCUGCCAAUCUCGACCUCGACAUGAUGAGGAUCCUCCUCAUGUCCAGGAGGGUCCAUUCUGAGGUCAGUUUUCUUUUAUUUUAGCGAGCAAACUUUUGUUCAACCUAUGAUUGAAAUUUUGAUGAAACGUUGCUUUAGUGCAGUUCACAAAUUCGUGAUUUUUGAACAAGGGAUGUUUUUGUCGCUCUUGGUCUUAUUUCCAAGUUUUGCAGCUUCAAAAUUUUCAAAUAACCCCUUUUCCAUGUUUAUGGGGCUCAAAUGGGUCGUUACUCAAAAAAGAUCUAUUGAGAGAAUAUUUUCAUAUUUUAAUCAGGAAUUUAAAAAAUCCACAUGGGUCUAAAACUUUUGUUUUGUUUUCUAUAAGAAAUCAUAAACCACACUGAGAUUUUUAAGAUACAAUUAUAUUCUAUGAAAGUUGUGAACUAUCUAUAAAGAAAAAAGAGCAUCGUCAUUUUAGAUUGAUUUUUUGUAAGUACUCUCUUCCAAAUAGUUCAGAUUCUCAACGUCGCCGGAAACAACAGCGAAAAAAAAAAAAUUGUGUUUUCGGUGAUCCUCGGUUGCGAUUAUUUCAUUUUUGCUUGAAGUUCAUUUUUCAUACAAACAACAAUUUUAUUUUUUCUUAUUUGUUCAUUGAUUCAUUGUUACCAUGAUUUUUUUUCAGAUAAAUGAGAUUUGCCACCUGGCAAUGACUCCGUUGAUGGAGGUGGCCCGCAAGGAUUUCAUUGGAACAGAAUUGGCCGACUUGCUCAUUAGUUACGGCGCCGAAGUGAACUUUGAUGGCAGAAAUCGCAAGGUUCUCCUAAAAUAGCUCAAAAUUGAUAGAAACGAGACUUCUUUGUAGGAGUCAUCGAUUUACACCGGAAGAACGGCUCUUCAUGUGGCCGCGCUCAAUGGAAACGUCUCGAUGGCCGCUUUUUUGGUCAACCGAGGCGCCGAUUUUGACGCGAUCGACGAUUAUGUGAGGAGAAUCAUCAGGGAAAAAUAUUGGAUUGCUCUUGAAUUUCAAGAUAAUUUUAUCAUGAAAAUUUGAUCUAAGUUUUGUUGAGAAUAAUUUCUUAAAGACGGAAGUGCAGGAAAUAUUAGAUUAAGAUGGAAGUUGAACAUUCGAUUUAACUAUUUUUUUGUUCCAUAAGUUCGAUCAGUUCCAAAAAUUUCUCUUUUCAUGUUUUUUGAAGCUUGCAAAAUGAAAAAUGCAGCGGGAUGUAGUUUUAUGUUCCUCAAUACGGAGAUAAUUCAAUAUCCUGAGUAAUUAUGAGAAGAAAUAUAAUUUAAAAAGUCUUUCUCAAGUUUUUUUAAGCCGAAAAAAUGUGAAUUAUUAUUGAAAAACGGCACAUUCUUUGAGCCUUUUUUGUUAACAAAUUCUUGAUAGCGCUGAAUUAUUCAAAGUUUCGACUUUAGAACAACUCUCCACUCAUGUUGGCUGCGAAAGAAGGUCAUCUGGAAGUCGUCAGGUUGUUGUUGCAUAGCGGGGCCUCGCCAAAUUUGGAAGAUUAUAUGGUAAGGAAGAAUCCUGCCAAAAUCAUCAUUUUCAAUGAAAAAAAAAACUUCGCCAUUAAGGACCGAACAGCGAAACAGCUGUCUGAAAUCAACAAACACGAAGACGUGAACGAACUUCUGGGCAAUUUGGUCGUGUUGCAGCGGCCGAUGGAAAGGAUGGCCCUGCCGAAAAAGUAUCCAAAUACAGGCCACAAGUCUGUUCGAGCGCUCAAGGUGAUGACUGAAUAUUCAACCGUCAUAAAAUUCUGGAAAAAAUUAAUCUGGAACGAAACGCGGAGAAUUAAAGAGAGUUGCCGAAACGGAAAGUUGAGCAAUGCUGAAAAGAAAGAUCUCAAAACUGUAACUUCCUAGUUUUUUAAGAAAUGAGAGUCUGAUAAUGGCUCAGUUUGGCAGAUUCUUGAGAUUUCUUGGACAUCGCUCCUUUCAACGACUUUUCGGCUUGAUUUUUCUGCCUCUCCAAAUUUUUAAGUCCAAUCACAUUGAUAACAACAGCGCUGAAUGAAAAAAAAGAGUUAUUGAAUUGAAAAGUGAGCUUCGAUUGAACUGAAAAUGCGUACGAUCUCUUUUUUCAUACCAUUGUUUUUCAGAGAAAAAAAGCCACACAUGGUGUGCAAACCUCGCCAGUUCCAGCAAAAAUGACAUCUCCGACUCCGGAAGUCUUUAUUCCGGACUCCACGCCGAUGAACUCGUUGAUGGCGCCCAAUUCGCCGUCUUUCAACCCUCCGCCGGCCGAAAUCUUCUACAGUUCUUCCUCGGAAUCUUCUGGCUCGCUUCAUUCGACGCGCGUCUGCUCCCCCAACUUUGUCCCCAAUGAGCCGCUCAGUUUUGUGAGUUUCGGAUUGUACUGUUAGUAGUUUACGGAACGUUUUGAUCAGCAAGGUUUCAAGUUUUUAGCUGUGACUUGAAAAGUCGCUUUCGCACGCGGAAUGGCUCGAAGCGUCGCGGUCGCGUUGUGGUUGAAAUUGGUCUUACAGCCAACUUGAUGUUUAUUAUUAACAGCUUGCUUGAACUUUUUUUUGAAAGUCAGAAGCCUUCUAGAAUUAUUUCAACUUUUCGGCCGUAAACGCGUCCAGCCAUUCAGAGUGCCACUGUAAUUUUUAAGUUAGGAAUAUCAAUGCCUUCAGGUGUUAACGUAGUUCAUUGUCAAAAUUAUAUAUAAUCUCAAAAAAUAAAGAUCCCUGCUUUUACUUUAAAAGGAAGAUAAUCUUUUGCAGUUUUCGGAAGCGAUAGAAAGCCUGGAGUGGGGCCAAGACGCCUACGGUCAUUGCUUCCAAGACAGUCCAGCGGAUUCUCCAUUCUUCAUGGACCCAUUGCAAAGCGUUAAUAAUCCUCAUACUUACUGA